AUGGAUGCUUCUUCUUCUUCUUCUUCUUCUUCUUCUUCUAUUUCUUCCAAACAAAAUGCUGAAUUUCAACCUGAAAAUCCUUGUUAUUGUGGGUUACCAUCUCGUGUACGAACUUCACGAACUAAAUACAAUCCAGGAAAAAAAUUCAAAUUGUGCCCUAACUCCAUGAAUGAAGGACCAAAAUGCAAGUUCUGGGAAUGGUUGGAGCCUAAAACCCCUGAAAAUGAAGUCAAUUCUGGGAAGGACAAAAAAGAACUGUGCAAUUUAACUCUCAAAGUUUCUAUAUUGGAAAACGAGAUCAACAUUUGUAAGAUGAAGAUGGAACAAGAAAACUUGGUUGUUAGACAAGAGUUUGAAAAACUCAAAUGGAAGUUAUUUACUCAUAAAGUUGUGAUGAUUGUGUUGUUUCUAUUGUUUGUGUUUAAGAACUAG